AUGGCUAAACCCGGUAGUGAACGGCCUGCACGAGUUCGAGCCUUCAAGCCAAAAGUUUCUACAGGUUGCAAAACCUGCAAGAUACGGCGUGUUAAAUGCGACGAGGCUAAGCCAUCAUGCAAGAGAUGCUCAUCAACCGGGCGCAAAUGCGAUGGCUAUUUCUACUGUGGCGUCCCCUCAUCGACAACCCCUCGCUUACUCCCACCAACCAACAACACUCGAGAUGUCACCACGACGAAUUCUACCAUCGAUGUAUGCCCUUCACUGAACUUCCUUGACUCAAACUUAGAGCAAAGAAGUUUCAGUUUCUUUCAUCAGAAUACCAUCCCUCAACUUUCAAGCAUCUUUGGAUCACCUUCUUGGAAGCAGCUUAAUCGUUUGCUUCUCCAAGCAGUUUACCAUGAACCCGCUGUCCGACAUGCCGCUGUCGCUCUAGGAGCUCUUCAUGAGCAAUUUGAGCUCAAUUCUCGGCCACAUCUUAGUCAGAAUGAGCAGAGUCUAAACACGCAAUUUGCGGUGCAACAGUAUGUGAAGGCUCUAGGCUAUCUAGUGAGCCCCGCCAAAAGGCGUGGCAAGCCAGCAGCAGAUGUAGCACUGAUUACCUGUAUUCUAUUUGUCUGUUUUGAGAAUCUCCGAGGGGAAUACGCUAUGGCACUCUCGCACAUCAAUGGCGGAGUUAAGAUCAUCGAAGAAAUUGCACAAACAUCAUCUACGCCAAUCUCCCCCGACAAUUCAGAGAGCUCAACACCAUCGCCUCCAGUGGGUUCUCUCGAGAUAUCACAAACGCCUUAUGUUCCGCUGUCAACGCUCAGCCUGAUUUUCAUCGAGUUCGAUGUCCAAGCAUCGGGGCUUGUAAGCAACCGAACGCGAGCACUCUCCGCCCGCAAAUUCGAUAUGCCAUCUUCCGGGUACGGCCCUGAUAUACCCACGCUAUUCAAAAGUGUAGAUGAAGCUUGCCUAGCUCUCGAUUAUAUCCGCACGCAUGGAAUACGUAUGCUAGACGCCGCUCUAAGGAAGAAGAACCCACCCGACUUGGCAGAAAUGCGAGUCACUCUCGAUCUCAUCCACAGCUUCUCCUCGAUCCGUCUAAAGCAAUGGAGCCAAGCUUUUGAAGCAUUCUUGACACGAAAUCCACAUUCGGUGAACGAUCGAGGAGUGCUGAUGUUGAAGAUGCAUCGUGUUUUCAUGGGUGUUAAUACUGCUAUUGGACGGAUGGGUCUUAUUGCCGAUGAGACCAUCUUUGAUCAAUUCCUACCGCAGUUUAAAAUCGUUGUCGAGCUUUGCGAGAAGAUUGUGGCUGUUGAGGCCGUGAUGGAUAGGCCACGGCCGAUAUUCUGCCUGGAUACUGGAAUUGUCAUUUGCCUGUUCGCCGUCAUUUCGAAGUGCCGAGAUGGAGAAACAAGAUGGAAAGCUCAUGAUCUGAUGACACGAACUGAUAGGCAAGAGGGAUUGUAUCACAGUAGGCUGGCUGGUUUGGUAGCGAAGCGGAUCAUUGAGAUUGAGGAGGAGGGAUUGGUUCAGCCUGUUUCAUUUGCGGAUUUGCCGAAUUCAAAAAGACUCGCUGGAGUGGAGGUUGAGUUUGACUAUGGCCAUAAGGGAGGAACUGUGUGGUAUAUUAGGAGACCGCUUGUGCAUGGCCCGCCCGGUCCGGGUGAAGUAAUUGUAGAAUAUGUUGAGUGGUAG